GAAUACAGAUACAAAAUUUUGGAGUAAAAAAAGUGCAGCAAACAAAAUCAAACUCAAACUUUCCUAAAUUUCAAGCUCACUUUCUCAAGUUUUUCCCACCAUUAAUGGCGGCAGAAACAGUAGUAGUAGUUCCAGAAGAAGAAGAAGAAACCCUAAAAAAAGAUAUUACUAAUCUUUCCUUCGUCAAGAAUGAAAACACCAAGAAAACACUUUCUCUGUCGACAUAUUUAGGUUUAAGUUUCAGUGUAUUUCUAGGUUUACUACCAAAAUCAUCAAUCUCAUUAAUCUUAUCCUUACAAUCUCGUAAUAGAUUCCUGUCAUUGAAACUAUAUCAAGCUGAAGAACAACUUAAACAGAUGAAAUCAAGAAGAAGAGAAGAUUCAAAAGCAAAUGCUAGAGUUGUUGAAAUCUUUGCUAGUCAUAGAAAUGGAUGGCAACAGGAAGAAAGAAAAUUGUUGCAACAAAUUGAAAACUCUUCUGAUGAAAUAUCAAGUUUAAGAGAAAGAAUUGAUGAGUUUGAAAAAUCUGAAGCCGAGUUGAGGAGUUUUGUAGAGAAAUUAGAGAGGGAAAUUUAUGAAAGGGAUGAAAUGAUUAAUUUCAUGUCUAGACAAACUAUUCAUGAUGAUGAAGAUGGUGAUGAAGAUGAAGAUGUUUAUGUUGAUGAUGAGGAUGAUGAGAAGGAAGAUGAUGAAGUUGGUGGAAGUGGAAUUUAUGGUAGAAGCUUUGAGGAGGAAGUAAUUAAUGGAGAAUUUAGUGAAUUACAGUGUUUGAAUUACUCAAGGUUUGGUAAAAUUAGGGUUUCUUCUGAGGGUUUAGAUCCAAACUCAGAAGAGCAUUUUGAUCAGAGAGAUAAUGAUGGCCGUGGUGAAAUGGGUUUUGUUUAUGGGAAACAAAAUGGUUUUAUCAAUGCCCCUCCUCGCAAAGUUUGUGCUGAUAGAGCUGGUGGAUGGCAGGAUGCGAAGUAUGAUUCCCCUGAGCCUUUGUACCAUAUGAAGCACGUUGUAUCAAGGGAGUCUCCCUGGAAAGCAGACGGUGAAUUCACUGGAGUUCCUGCCAAAUUGAAAUUGGUUGAGCAGGAACUGCCCAAUUUGGAAAGAAUUGACAAGUGUGAGCCAUUGAAAGUCUCCACAUCAAUUAGGAAGCAAGCUAAGAGAUAUCAUGCUCUCUCUGGAAAGAUUGAUGAUCUAUGCAGAAGAAUGCAGGCAAAUGACCCUUCUGAACAGGCCCUAAAUGCAGAAUUUCGUACUCGCCGGCAAACGGAAUUCUUGCUUGAAGCAUAUCGUCUUCAGCAGCGAGCAAUCGAGACGAGACAAAAGCUAACAACGUUGCAAAGUGAAACCACCAACACCCAUCUGGGAGAAGACCUUGAUGCCCAUGCAAAACUUAGCAUCAGAAAAUCAUUAGACUUGAUUAAAAACAAUUUUAAAGAAAUACAGAGGAAUUUGGAGGUAUGGUUGGCUAGAAUUAUGGGUGAGCUAGAAGGUGUAUUGUCUAGAGAAGGUGCUUCAGCCGCUAAGGAAUAUUUCUUGUCCAAAUUUCCAUCAUAUGUUCGGUAAUUGCAUCGGCUAUUUCUGCAUAACAGAUUCCACGUGACUUCACUACUUUUAACAGAAAUUUAGAGCUUCUGCCUUUGUUGAUCUUGUGUCCCAAAAAAAGAUCAAAGCUAUAUGUAAGAAUGUCGAUGUUUAUUUUGUAUAUGCGGUAAAAAAAAUGUCUAAAAUGAAAGUAAAUCGAAGGAAAAAUGUAUCCUGUAAGCCAUUUGGUUCUUAAUUGUUACUUUUUGGUUCCGUCA